CCAUGGGGGUGCAAGGCUUCCAGGAGUUCGUGGAGAAGCGCUGCCCGGGGGCCGUGGUGCCGGUGGACCUGCUCAAGCUGGCCCGGGCCAUGGCAGGCCGCGCAGGCCUGCCUACUGCGCCGCCUUCCAGCCCCCCUACCCCGCCGGAGCCGCCCCGGCACCCGCCGGCCUUGCCCCUGCUGGUGGACGCGGACUCGGCCUUGCAGCGCCUCUACGGCGGCUACCAGACGGACUGGGUGUGCGGGGGCCAGUGGAACGCCAUGCUGGGCUACCUGGCCGCCCUCUCGCAAGCCUGCCUCUACCAGGGCGGCCUCGAGCUGGCCGUCAUCUUCAACGGCGGCCUGGGCAAGGAGAGGCUGCCCGAGUGGGGCAGGAAGGCCCAGGCCGAGAGGCAGACCGCGCAGCUCAUCGCCGGCCAUGUGGGCAACAAGGGGACCCCGCCGCCCCGAGCCUGGUUCCUGCCGCCCGCCUGCUUGGGACACUGCAUUCGCCUGGCCAUGAUCCGGUUCAGGGUCAAGGUCUUCCAGAGCCUGGAGGACCAUCAUCAGGAAGUGGUCUCCUUCUUCCGAGAGAAUGGCUUCCACGGGCUGAUCGCCCACGACUCAGAGUACGCCCUCUGCAACAUCCCCUCCUAUUACAGCUCCCACGCCCUCAAGCUGAGCUGGAACGGCAAGAACCUCACCACCAACCAGUUCCUCAUGCAAGAGGUGGCCAAGCAGCUGGGCCUCAAACUGGGCAGCUUCCCCAUCUUUGCUGCUCUGCUCGGUAACCACAUCCUCCCAGACGAGGACCUGGCGGCCUUCCACUGGAGCCUGCUUGGACCAGACCACCCACUGGCUUCACUCAAGGUGCGUGCCCACCAGCUGGUCCUGCCGCCGUGUGACGUGGUCAUCAAGGCCGUCUCCGAGUAUGUCGGCUCCAUCAAAAACCCCUCGAACUUGGAUGUGAUCGGGAGAGACGUCUUCAAACACUCCCAGUCCAGGACCGAAGAUAAAAUCGAGCGCUUCAAGAAAGCCGUAGAAUAUUACUCGGUGGCCACGAAGGUGCCCCCUACGCCGGCGGGCCAGUCCCCGUAUGUUCUCCCAGGUUUUGGGCCCAACCAUUUUGGAGGGCCGGCACCGAUGAAUCGCAACCCGAUGGUCCCGCUUCCUUCAGGGAAGGCCAUGUUUGCACCCCAGGUAGGGCCCAAGAUGCAGUACCAACCACCUGCCCCACACGGCGGCGUUGGCACUUCCUCGUCUUUCCUCCCCGGCUCCGGCUCCAAUUUUCUCUUCUCUCCUCACGGCCUGGCGGACGCAGCUCCUUUCCACGAGGACCUGGCCUCGAAGGGCGGACACUUCAACAACUGGCCCAUGCCUUACGACUGCUGCCCUCCCAAGUUCCCCAACCACCACCUGAGCUCUAAGCCUUCUCCAUCGUCCGGACCGGGGUCUUCGCCCUCCUCCUCCUCAGAUGGGGAAGAACACAACGGAGCCAACUCCAACCAUGUGUCCGAAGCAGCGCCCCGCAAACACGGCUGGGAAGAUUCCGGGGGUGAAAAGAUGACGAACCAGGGGUGGGGCCAGCCGCCCGGCAGCUCCGGCAACUCGGAGAGGAACCACAGCGGGCCUGAGGCCCACAUCCCCUCGCUGCUCUCCAUGGCGACCCGCAACCACAUGGACAUCACCACCCCGCCCCUGCCCGCCGUUGCCCCCGAAGUGCUUCGCGUGGCCGAGCACCGGCAUCGCCGGGGGCUUAUGUACCCUUUCAUCUACCACGUCCUCACCAAGGGUGAGAUCAAGGUCCCCGUGUGCAUCGAAGACGAGUGCAACAGCGAACUGCCACCCGCAGCUGUCCUCUUCCGGGCCGCCCGGCAGUACGUCUACGGCGUCCUUUUCAGUGUGGCCGAGACGCAGCGGCGGAUGGAGCGUCUGGCUGUGCGCAAGCGCAUCCCUGUGGAAACUCCUCCCAUCAUUGUCAAGGAGUGGUCGGCCUACAAGGGGAAAUCUCCUCAGACUCCAGAGUUGGUCUCGGCCCUGGCCUUCCGGGAGUGGACCUGCCCCAACCUCAAGAAGCUGUGGCUCGGCAAAGCGGUGGAGGACAAGAACCGGCGCAUGAGGGCCUUCCUGGCCUGCAUGAAGUCGGACACGCCCGGCAUGCUCAAUCCCGCCAAUGUCCCCACGCACCUGCUGCUGAUGUGCUGCGUGCUCCGGUACAUGAUCCAAUGGCCUGGAAGUCGGAUUCUGCACAGACACGAGUUGGAUGCCUUCCUGGCCCAGGCCGUGUCUGCUCAGCUCUAUGAGCCAGAUCAGCUUCAGGAACUAAAGAUUGAGAAACUGGAUGUCCGCGGGGUUCAGCUGGCCGCUCUGUUUAUGAGUGGGGUGGACACGGCCCUCUUUGCCAAUGAUGCUUGCGGCCAGCCUGUGCCCUGGGAGCACUGUUGCCCGUGGAUCUACUUUGACGGGAAGCUCUUCCAGAGCAAGCUGAUCAAAGCCACGCGGGAGAAGGCGCCUCUCAUCGACCUCUGUGACGGACAGAGCGAGCAAGUCUCCAAAGUGGAAAAGAUGAGGCAGAGCAUCCUGGAAGGCAUCAAUUUCAACCGCCAGGCUCCGCCCCCUCUCCUCCCCCCUCCUCCCUUCAUGUCCUCAAUGGCCCCAGCCUUUUAUCCGAUGCCUGUCUACCCUCGCACGAUCGGCUCUGUUCCACCACCAGCCCCUGGAAGGACGAGAGGCUUCACAGGCCUCCAUCCGAUCCCACCCCAAGGAGGCAAACUGGAGAUCGCUGGCAUGGUGGUGGGCCAGUGGGCUGGCAGCAAACCGUCCCGGGGCCAAGGUUCCUUCGGCAUGCAGGUGGUGUCGGUGGGAGGUCCGGGGAAAGGCCGUGGCCGUGAUAACUCUGGGAAGAUCUCCAAAGGAAACAAAAAAGUCAACAAACAAGGCUCUACCGAUGGAGCAGCAAAGACGCCGGAGUUCAACAGCAGCGGCGGCGGCGGCCUCCCUCAGUCCCAGGUGAACGGGAAUGGGGGCACCACCACUCCUGCGGGCGAGGACCCGGGGCUCGGAGCCUGCCCCUCAGCCCCCUCACCCUGUGCCUUAGCCAGAGACGCUGAUUCGUGCAAUAACAAUAGCCCGUUCUUUGGGACGCUGAGCGGGGAUCUUGAAGAGGGCCCGGAAAGCAAGCUUCCCUUCCCAGCUCUGCAGAAAGAGGAGUGAACAGAUGCCGCCGUGGGUCCAGUUGGGGUGGUGACAGAAAGGGCGUGGGGGGGAGAGAAAGGGAGAAAGUUGUG